AUGGAAAAAGCAAUCAAAGAAAGAGUUGAGAAAUGGAAAAAAGAAAAUGCCCAUGAUGGAAAGGAAGUAACAAAUGAAAAUGCAUAUGAAAAUUUGACGGAGUUAAUUUUAGAUGGAAAAAAGUUUAGCUCAAUAAAAAAUGAGGAUAUUGAAUUAUUGAAAAAAUUUAAAAAUUUAGAAAGGCUAUGUUUAAAUCAAACGGGUAUACAGAGUUUAGAGGACUUACCAAGUAUAGAGACGUUAAAUGUGCUUGAAUUAACGGACAAUCAUUUAAGUACUAUAGAUAUAUUAAAGUAUAUUGUAGAAUCGUUUCCAAAUAUCAAAACGUUAGAAAUAGGAGGAAAUCACUUUAAAAAUAUAAAAGAUUUUGAAGUAUUAAAAGAUUUAAAAAAUUUAGUUCGUUUAGGUGUACAAUUUAAUCCAUUUACAGAUGACCCCAAUUAUAGAAAGGAAUUAUUUGAGUUUUUGCCAGAUGUUAAAAUAAUUGAUUGUUUUAACAAGGAAGGUGUAGAAGUGUUAAGUUCAGAUGAAGAAGAGGAUGAAGAGUAUGAAGAGGAUAAUACUUUAAAAAAUUUCUAUGAAGCUGAUUUUAAAGAUGAUGAUGAGGAAGAAGAUGAAGAGUUUGUUCCAAAUGAUAAUGAAGAAGAAGAUGAUGAUGAAUUGGAUGAUGAUUUAGAGGAAGAAGAACUUGAUGAUUUGGAUAAAGAUUAUGUGGAUGUAGAAACAAAAGAAAGUGAAGGUGGACAGAAAGAGGAAAAAAGUAAUAAAAGAAAACAAGAUGCUUUAGAUAGUACCAAUGACACAGAUUCGAAAAAAACCAAAGUAGAAUAA